AUGCCAGUUAGACGGGGACACGUUGCGCCCCAGAACACCUUCUUGGACACCAUCAUUAGGAAGUUCGAGGGGCAAAACCGCAAAUUCAUCAUCGCCAACGCACGGGUGGAGAACUGUGCCAUCAUCUUUUGCAACGACGGCUUCUGCCAUAUGUGCGGCUACACACGUGCUGAGGUCAUGCAGCAGCCAUGCACCUGCAGCUUCCUAUACGGGCCCCACACAGGGAGGGCAGCUGUGGCCCAGAUGGCUAAAGCACUGCUGGGGUCUGAGGAGAGGAAGGUGGAGAUCACCCUCUACAGGAAAGACGGGGUGUGUUUCCGGUGUUUGGUGGAUGUGGUUCCAGUCAAAAAUGAGGAUGGGAUGGUCAUCAUGUUUAUCCUAAACUUUGAGCUAGCAGACCAGCAGGGACGAACCUCAAACAGCUCACCACUAAAGGAGCACAACUACAAACUCUCCUUCCCCUGGAUCUCUAAAGCUUGCAGGCCCAGGUUCAAGCUAUGCCAGCCUUUCCUGCAUCCCAUGAGCAGCAGCAAGCAGUCUCUGCAUGACGACGCUGAGAUGCCGCACAUGGGCCACGAGUCAGUGGCGCUGGAUAAACUGCUCUCUGUGCCGGAGCGCUCUGAGCUUGUGGCUCCCCCACUUCCACUGUGGGAUAAAGCUCCUUUGCCAGAGUCUUGCUGUGACCCAUCACCUUCAUCACCCUCCCAGGCUCUGUCCCAAGGCUUGCCCUGGCCCUCUCUGAGCCUGCGCGGCCCUCAGUCAGAGCCCUCCAGCUGCGGUAUGGCCCAUAGCCGGUCAUGUGAAAGCCUGUGUGGCAUCCCACGCUCACCAGCUGCUGACCGCAACUGGAACAGGAAGCUGCCUGGCGGGCCCAACAGCACAGGUGCCAUGCAUCAUAAAGCCAGUAUGCCUAGCUCUACAUCUGACUCAGACCUGAUACGGUUCCGCUUGUUAAAUACAAGUCCUGCAGCAACACACAAUUUAAUAGACUUCAAACCAGAUCCAUUUGUGACGCUCCCUUCCAGUGAGAUUGAUAUCAUUGCCCCCUGCAAGCUGAUCGACCGCACCCACAACGUGACUGAGAAAGUAACUCAGGUAUUGUCUCUGGGUGCUGAUGUCCUCCCUGAGUACAAACUUCAAGCUCCACGCAUCCACAAAUGGACCAUCCUGCAUUACAGCCCAUUCAAGGCCGUGUGGGACUGGGUCAUCCUGCUGCUGGUCAUCUACACGGCCAUUUUCACUCCAUAUUCUGCCUCCUUCCUGCUCAGUGACGAAGAGGAAGCCAUCAGGCAGCGCUGCGGCUACUCCUGCAGCCCUCUCAACGUGGUCGACCUCAUCGUGGACAUUAUGUUUGUCGUCGACAUUGUUAUCAACUUCCGCACCACUUACGUCAACACCAACGAUGAGGUGGUCAGCCAGCCCAGUCGCAUUGCUGUACACUACUUCAAAGGCUGGUUCUUUAUUGACUUAGUGGCUGCCAUCCCAUUCGACCUGCUCAUCUACCGCUCUGGAGAGGAGACAACGACUCUGAUUGGUCUGCUGAAGACUGCCCGGCUACUGCGAUUGGUGCGCGUGGCGCGUAAGCUUGACCGGUACUCAGAGUAUGGGGCAGCAGUGCUCUUCCUACUUAUGUGCACAUUUGCGCUGAUUGCUCACUGGUUGGCCUGCAUCUGGUACGCUAUAGGGAAUGUGGAGAGAAGUGGUUCGUCUCGAAUAGGCUGGCUAGACUCACUGGGAGAGCAACUUGGCAAACCCUACAAUGAAACUAUUCCAAGCUCAGGGCCAUCCAUUAAAGACAAGUAUGUCACUGCUCUCUACUUCACCUUCAGUAGCCUGACCAGUGUGGGUUUUGGAAAUGUCUCCCCAAACACCAACUCUGAGAAGAUCUUCUCUAUCUGUGUCAUGCUCAUUGGUGCGCUCAUGUAUGCUAGUAUCUUUGGGAAUGUUUCGGCUAUCAUCCAAAGACUUUAUUCUGGAACUGCUCGCUACCACACCCAGAUGUUGCGUGUGCGGGAGUUUAUUCGCUUCCAUCAGAUCCCCAAUCCACUCAGACAGAAACUAGAGGAGUAUUUCCAGCAUGCCUGGUCCUACACUAAUGGCAUUGAUAUGAAUGCUGUGCUUAAGGGCUUCCCAGAAUGCUUGCAGGCAGACAUCUGUCUGCAUCUAAACCGCACCUUGUUGCAAAACUGCAAAGCCUUCAAAGGCUCUACCAAAGGCUGCUUGCGUGCCUUGGCCAUGAAGUUUAGGAUGACCCACGCUCCGCCGGGUGACACUUUGGUCCACGCAGGUGAUGUCAUUUCUGCCCUCUAUUUCAUCUCCCGAGGCUCCAUCGAAAUCCUCCGGGGAGAUGUGGUAGUAGCCAUCCUGGGAAAAAAUGAUAUAUUUGGGGAACCCAUUAACUUGUAUGGACGUCCUGGAAAGUCUAGUGCUGACGUGAGAGCACUGACCUACUGUGACUUGCACAAGAUCCACAGAGAGGAUGUGCUGGAAGUUCUGGACAUGUACCCAGAGUUCUCUGAUGACUUCUGGAGCAACCUGGAGAUCACUUUUAACCUGAGAGAUACCACUAUUAUUUCUGGGUCAGUGAAUGGUGAAGGGUCAAAGAAGGCUUGUCUAACCCGUCAUAGGUCAAGACUACUCUUCUUUCAUCGUAAUGAAAAAGAUAACACAAGUAAGGCUGAGACCAAACUCAGCAAAAAGACUCUCCAUCCCUUCAGCCAGAGAGGCAGGAAGCAUGAGGACAAAAGACAGGAAGUUCAGCAGAGCUUUUCUCAUCUCAAGAGUGAUGAAGAGGAAGCGCCUAGACAAACCUCUACUCUAGCAGGCUCCACCCAGAGUCAUAUCCCCAGCUCAGGCAGCAGUAACCGAGAGCAGACCAGCUGUGACUCCUUCUCAGGAGCUUUGUCAGGAGUCUCCAACACCUUAACUUUUUGGGGAGAGAGCCAUGGACAUCAGUUCCUUGAAGCACCCAGCCACAAUAUAUCCCACUCUCUUCCUUCAUCCUCAUCUACGGUUUUCUUGCACAAUAUCACACCCCAUCAAGGCAGCCCUCACCAAGGCAGAGAGAUGCAAAACAAACUGGAACUUCUGCAUAGACAGCUUAACAGACUGGAGUCACGUAUGUCCACAGACAUUGGAGCCAUCAUGCAGUGUCUUCAGAGACAAAUGGCUAUGGUUCCCCCAUCCUACAGCACUGUAUCCUUUCCUCCUGAAUCAUACACAAAUCCAUCAAAACCUGGACAGAAGCUUGUGCAACCAGUUAACCCUUUAGAAACAGAGACAACAAGCAUUCUCUCACCGGUACUUAAGCCUAAGGAAACUAGUGGCCACUCCACAAAAGCCUGUGAGACACUACAUGGUAUUGAGGAUCUUCAGUCCCUAGACUGUCCACCAGACUCUUCUUCUGGGAGGCUUGUGUUCAACCAGCACCUCUUUAGUGUAUGUGCAGAAACAGACCAGGCGAAUGUGACCAGUAGGCCUGAAAGGCACACCCAUCUCAUUAGCUUCCCACUCAACAGACAACCAGAGUGCAUGAUUGGUCCUCUGGAGCAUUCUAUGCAAGGAAUGGAGAUCCAUGAGUCUAUUAACUGCCAGUUUCCUCAACUGAGGCUGGAUUUGAUGUCGUCUGAGUGUGGAAGGCGUCUUUCUCUGCGAGGGCAAAACCCAGUGGAGAAGCAUUCAUCAGUUCAGCAAAGACAUGCUUCUGAUCCUGGAUGUUGA